AUGUUGUCUACCAACAAUGAUAGUGUAGGCGAAUCUACUAUCCGCUUGAUGACUCGAUUGGCAAACGAGUACAAAGCGCUUAAUCUUUCACAGGGCGUUCCAUCCGAAUCGCCCCCAUGGGAUAUGCGUCUCAAGCUUGCAUGGGGCGUUCUCAACGGAAUGCCUUUGGAGUCCGCUUCGUUGGAAAAGAAACUACUUCAAAACGAGCUAGUUGAACUGAUUCAAAACGGUCCAUCUGGAAAACUAGAUCAAAUCAAUCAGUACUCGCCGCCAAUGGGUAGAGCUGAUUUGCGAUCUGCCAUAUCGGAGUACUACAAACGAUUCUACCAAUAUGAUGUUUCACCAGACGAAAUCACAGUUACACUCGGUGCCACAGAGGCGUUUGCAAGUGCAUUGCGAACGCUAGGAAGACCAGGAGACAAUUGUGUCAUCAUCGAGCCCUUCCAUGAGCUUUAUCCCAAUCAAUGCAAGAUCUUCUACCUCCAACCUGUAUUUGUAAGUCUGAAGGCAACAGGUAGUGAAUGGAUUUUGGAUGCCAACGAAUUGGAAGAAGCUCUUAAAGAUGCAAAGAUGCUUCUUCUCAAUUCCCCACAUAAUCCAACUGGCAAAGUCUUCUCUCGUGACGAACUAAAAGCAAUCGUCGAUCUUUGUCUUAAGCACGAUGUCUACAUUGUCACAGAUGAAAUCUACGAGCACAUGUGCUUCGACGGAACUUCACAUUACGUCAUCCCGAAGGAGUUCCCAGAGAUUGCUGACCGCACGUUGGUAUGUAAUUCAUUAGGCAAGUCAGCUUCUGCAACCGGAUGGCGUCUUGGUUGGUGCCUCCACCCGCCACAUGUUUCCGACACCUACAGAGGAAUUCAUGACCAAAUGACUGUUAUGUCCCCACACCCAGUACAAUAUGCUGCCAUGCAUUACUUUACUCUACCAGACGAGUUCUUUCAAGGUUUGUGCAGAAAAUAUAAAGAGAGAGUUCGAAAGCUUGAAGGUGUGCUUGCUUCUGUUGGAUUCGGCAUCGUCUCUCCGCAAGGUGCCUAUUACCUGUUUGUAGACUAUACUGAAGUUGAAAAGCUGAACGGAAAAUCUUGUUUGGAAGCGGCCAUGUACCUCUUGAAAGAGGUUGGCGUCGCUUGUGUACCUGGCGAUAACUUCUAUGGAACCAUUGCUUCCAAACAAGCUGCGAGACACUUGCGGUUCGCAGCUUGCAGAAGUCCUGAAGACUUGGACGAGGCGACGCGUCGGAUACAGCAGCAUCUGGGAAGGUGA